UGGGAACACCACUGUCCAUCUCAGGAAAGCAGACUAACCUCCCAACAUCUCUUCACUAGCUUGCUAGAAGCGGAACAGCUAUGUUCUUGGGACCUUGGCCUUUCUUUCACCUUAUGCUCUGGUUUGCAGCUCCCAGAAGACAGCGAAGACACCAUGGCCUUGUAGCUUUCAAGCUCCUGCAGUGUGUGUGCCUCCUGGCCCUCACGUCCAUCCCGCAACAGGUGUGCGCACCCCCUUACAAGAUAGGGGUGGUGGGCCCUUGGGCUUGUGAUCCGUUGUUCUCAAAAGCUCUGCCUGAGGUUGCUGCUCGAUUAGCCACUGAGCGGAUCAACAGGGACCCAUCAUUUGACCUGGGUUACUCUUUUGAAUACGUGAUUCUCAAUGAAGACUGCCAGACUUCCGGAGCCCUUGCCAGUUUCAUUUCUCACCGCCAGAUGGCCUCAGGAUUUAUUGGACCUGCCAAUCCGGGCUACUGCGAGGCAGCCUCACUCUUGGGAAACAGCUGGGACAAAGGGAUUUUCUCUUGGGCCUGUGUGAAUUAUGAAUUAGACAAUAAAAAUAGCUAUCCGACCUUUUCUCGGACACUCCCUUCUCCCAUCCGUGUGCUGGUAACCGUCAUGAAAUAUUUCCAGUUGGCUCACGCUGGAGUCAUUUCCUCAGAUGAAGACAUUUGGGUGCACACAGCCAAUCGAGUCGCAAGUGCUCUUCAGAGCCGGGGCCUACCUGUAGGGGUCGUCCUGAGCACAGGACGAGACAGCCAAAGCAUUCGGGAAGCUCUCCAGCAGAUUCGCCAGGCUGACAGAAUUCGCAUAAUCAUCAUGUGUAUGCAUUCGGCCUUGAUUGGGGGAGAGACUCAGAUGCAUCUCUUGGAAUGGGCUCAUGAUCUGAAAAUGACUGAUGGAACCUAUGUCUUUGUUCCUUAUGAUGCCCUGCUCUACAGUUUACCUUAUAAGCAUACACCCUACCAGGUCCUGAGGAACAACCCAAAACUCCGGGAAGCCUAUGAUGCUGUGUUGACCAUUACAGUGGAGUCCCAAGAAAAGACCUUCUACCAAGCCUAUACUGAGGCAGCAGCUACACGUGAAGUUCCUGAGAAGCUGGACUCAGAUCAAGUUUCACCGUUGUUUGGAACCAUCUACAAUUCAAUUUACUUUAUCGCACAAGCCAUGAAUAAUGCUAUGAAAGAAAAUGGACAGGCUAGUGCUGCCAGCCUGGUUCAGCAUUCCAGAAACAUGCAGUUCUAUGGAUUCAACCAGUUGAUAAGGACAGAUUCAAACGGAAAUGGAAUUGCAGAAUAUGUAAUCCUGGACACCAACUGGAAAGAAUGGGAACUCUAUAGCACUUACACUGUGGACAUGGAAACAGAGCUGCUACGGUUCAGAGGAACCCCCAUCCACUUCCCUGGUGGCAGGCCCCCUCAAGCAGAUGCAAAAUGCUGGUUUGCAGAAGGGAAGAUCUGUCGAGGAGGCAUUGACCCUGCCUUUGCCAUGAUGGUCUGUCUCGCUUUGCUUAUAGCCCUGUUGUCUAUUAAUGGAUUUGCUUACUUUAUAAGGCGUCGUAUAAAUAAAAUCCAGUUGAUUAAAGGACCCAACAGAAUUCUACUGACUUUGGAGGAUGUGACAUUUAUCAAUCCCCACUUUGGCAGUAAGAGAGGAAGUUGUGCCAGUGUAAGCUUCCAGGUCACCUCAGAAAUCCAAAGUGGGUGGUCCCCAAGGCUCUCCUUUUCUUCAGGGAGUCUAACUCCAGCUACCUAUGAAAACUCCAACAUAGCAAUUUAUGAGGGUGAUUGGGUGUGGCUGAAGAAGUUCCCCUCUGGAGAUUUUGGAGAUAUUAAGUCCAUUAAAGCAUGUGCAAGUAAUAUGUUUGAAAUGAUGAAGGACCUACGUCAUGAAAAUAUUAACCCUUUAUUGGGAUUCUUCUAUGAUUCAGGAAUGUUUGCCAUUGUGACAGAAUUCUGUUCCAGAAGGAGCCUAGAAGACAUAUUGACAAAUCAGGAUGUGAAACUUGACUGGAUGUUUAAAUCAUCACUCCUGCUGGAUCUCAUCAAGGGCAUGAAGUACUUACACCACAGAGAGUUUGCUCAUGGGAGGCUGAAGUCUAGGAACUGUGUGGUUGAUGGGCGUUUUGUACUAAAAGUGACAGAUUACGGCUUUAAUGAUAUCUUGGAAACACUAAGACUCUCCCAAGAAGAACCUUCUGCAGAAGAGUUGCUAUGGACGGCCCCUGAACUGUUGAGAGCUCCAAAUGGCAGCAGGUUAGGUUCUUUUGCAGGAGAUGUCUAUAGCUUUGCCAUCAUAAUGCAAGAAGUGAUGGUCCGGGGCACCCCAUUCUGCAUGGUGGAUCUGCCUGCCAAAGAAAUCAUAGACAGACUUAAGAAGCCUCCUCCUGUGUACAGACCAGUGGUUCCUCCUGAGUAUGCCCCUGCAGAAUGUCUCCAGCUAAUGAAGCAGUGCUGGGCUGAAGCUGCAGAACAGCGACCAACUUUUGAUGAAAUAUUUAAUCAGUUUAAAACUUUCAAUAAAGGGAAGAAGACCAAUAUCAUUGAUUCCAUGCUUCGGAUGUUGGAACAAUAUUCUAGCAACUUGGAAGAUUUGAUCCGGGAACGGACUGAAGAGCUGGAAAUUGAAAAACAGAAAACGGAAAAGCUUCUAACACAGAUGCUACCACCGUCAGUUGCUGAAUCCCUCAAAAAGGGCUGCACGGUUGAACCUGAGGGCUUUGACUUGGUCACCUUGUACUUCAGUGACAUUGUGGGCUUCACCACCAUUUCCGCCAUGAGUGAGCCCAUUGAGGUGGUGGAUCUUCUCAAUGACCUGUACACACUCUUUGAUGCCAUCAUUGGCAGUCAUGAUGUCUACAAGGUAGAGACCAUUGGAGAUGCUUACAUGGUGGCCUCAGGCCUCCCAAAGAGGAAUGGCAGUAGGCAUGCAGCUGAGAUUGCAAACAUGUCCCUAGAUAUCCUGAGCUCCGUCGGUACCUUCAAGAUGAGACACAUGCCAGAGGUCCCAGUCCGGAUUCGAAUAGGCCUGCAUUCAGGGCCUGUUGUUGCAGGAGUGGUGGGUCUCACCAUGCCCAGAUACUGCCUGUUUGGAGACACUGUGAACACAGCUUCUCGGAUGGAAUCAACAGGGUUACCUUAUCGCAUUCAUGUCAGUCACAGCACCGUGACAAUUCUUCAAGCUCUAAGUGAGGGCUAUGAAGUGGAGCUUCGAGGAAGGACAGAGCUCAGGGGCAAAGGCACAGAAGAGACCUUCUGGCUGGUUGGAAAAAAAGGCUUCACAAAACCUCUUCCUGUGCCCCCACCAGUGGGCAAAGAUGGGCAAGUAGGCCAUGGCCUGCAACCAGUGGAGAUUGCAGCCUUCCAAAGAAGAAAAGCAGAAAGGCAGCUGGUGAGAAACAAGCCAUAAGAAGUGAAGGGCUGCAAGAUUGGAAUCUUCUCUUGGUGAGGCAAUGGAAAAGCUCACUCCAGUUCAACAAAUUGUUCUACCUGGGCAAGAAAUUAGUGAAUGACUAUAUCUCUGAGGAUGACCAGUCUACUGGGUUAUUUAAGCCUAAUUCCAGUGUGAGGGAGGCUCCUGGGAAGUAAAUUUAAUAAGUUUUGUUCAUUACACAGCUAUCACCAAAAAGGCAACUUGAAUGUACACUGCAAUGGAUGUGAACCUUAAGGAAGGGGAGAGAACCACCUCCAAGUUUAGUCAUUCCAAAAUAGCAGGCCCAACUUGGACUAAGAUAAGAAGGUCUCUAUUUUCACAGAAAAAAAGUAGGAGGCACUUUGUUUUCUUUUUCAUUUCAUUUGAAUCUCUAGAAGGUAUUUAAUGAGCACAAUUUAUAACUCAGAUACUAUGAGAUUAGUGCCAGGAAAAAAACUCUUCCAGCAAACAUACAUCUGAAUCCACAGUCUACUGUGACCUCAGUUGACUGGAAUGCCUAGGGAAUAGGGGGGAGGAGAAGAGUCUGGUUAAUUGUGUUGUUUGAAUAAUUCAGGGCUAAGAAGAAGUUCUUUUGUUUUCUUAUUGCUUAUUAUUCAAACUCUUUCCGCAAUUGUCAUGGUCUCUUUUCCUGUCUAAGUAAGGGGAGUUUAAGGAACAUAAUUGAAUUGUCCUUGCCAGAUAGGUGAGCAUCUUACUGGGCCUCAGGGUUAUAUUCUGAACGUGAAUGGAAGAGAUGUAGGAGAUAUCGUCAGGAUGAAAGAUAUAGAAGUAGUGGAUUGAAUUGAGCAAUUCCCUUUGUUUUGUUCUUUUUCUCCCUUCUCCUGUCCACCCUGCCUUUCAAGCCCCUACCCUGGCCCCUAAAAUAAAUCCCUUUGAACAUUUGUUUUUACUUUGUGCUUUUAGUUUUCCAAAUUCUACUUUCAAGGGGUUAUUGGCAAUGGCUUGCCACAAUCACAUGGACCAAAGCAAUAAGACUUAAGUCACAGGCAUGUUUAAAAUAGUUAAGCAAACUUUUCCUCCCUUUUAUUGUAAAAAAUAAUCUAUUAAAACAGCUGAACUCAAACAUAUCAGCCAGUAAAACAGUUAAUUCUUUUAGAACAAGACUUUUUUAAAGAAAUGCCUGAGGUAUAAUUUGAUACCUUUCUCACUCAUAUUUAAUUUUUUCCAUUAUCAACUCACCCUGAAUCUAGGCUUAAAGUCAAAAGUUCUUCCCAGCAGUUUCCCCUCCACUUUCAGUCAAAGCACCCUUGGACUGUUCACAGGAGCCUAACCUCUCUCACCCUAAGGUAGUCUAUUUACUAUGCUAAAGCUGUUCAAAAGACUGCAGAAAAGGCUGAAGGUGACUUUCAGCUUCCUUGAUCAGAGUUUCUAAUUCCUUUUUCUAGACAUGGCAGAGGGAGACAUGAAUAUCAUCCUCUACCUGUGGUAAAGGUCUCAGUCAAAAGCUGAGCGUUUAAGGAUUUUAGAGAGACAAGGCCUAAGGGAAGUUUCCAAGAAAGAUACCAACUAAAAACAGGACUUCACUUCUCUUAGAGGAGGUGGCACUGCCCUCUAGUAUGAAUAGAAGGAUCAUUGAGGAUGAGGGAGGGGAAUGGGGCUGCACCUAUAGGCUCCAAGGAUCAGGAUUCUCCCAAACACAGUCCAAUCCUUUAGCCCAGGAACUAUAGUCCCAGGCCUAGGCCUGCAAAAUAUUGAGCAACAAGACCCACUGAGGGUGAUCCAUUAGCUCUCUGAUCCUGUCCCCUAUUUCCCUCUUUGGUAUUUCUCAAGUCCGGUGUGUCAACCAAACCUACCUUUUAUAGCCUACUAAUCCUGUCUCAUGCACAAUCACGUCUUCCUUUGAUUCUGUCAUGAACCCUUAUCUAAACCCACUCCAUCCUUUCCCAGAUUCUGUUUCAUUAAAGCCUUCUGCAUUGACCAAAACUAAGCUUCCUUUAAUCUGCCUUAGCAUUUUAAUUAUCUGUGGAGAAGAUAAACACUCUCUACUCCCAUGAUCCAUUUGACUUACAUAGUGGAGUCAAGCCUACUUCUUAUAUACUACUGAUUAUUUCUCUCUUCACCUGUUGCUACUAGCACAAUGGCUUGAGUUGGUGGUUAAGAGGGACCUAAAUGAUUUUUUCCCUCACAGCUCUUUUCUAGCUUAUAUUCCUUGUACAAAACAAAAUAUUUAGAAAACAAUUUAAACAAUGUAUUUUUUCAAACAGAUUUGAAUUUGUUUCAUUACCUCUAUCUCCUUGUUUUCUUGUGAUUUUCCGCUUUUCAAAAUAGAUUAUUGGAAAAAGAAAGACAAAUUCUAAUGAAUUGCAAAUUAGGUUGUGCUUAUUUGAGGUUUUCCUGUACUUUACCAUGUAAUUUAACAAUUUGAUCAUCCCAUGAGGCAUUGUUUAAGUCCCUUUAGAUUUUUGUCUUACUGAUCUCAAUGGCAAUACAGGUUCAUUGUAGAAAAUUUAGAAAAGACAGAAAGGUUUAUAGGAAAUUUAAAUUGCUCAAAUUCUCUUUAGAUCUUUUAUUCUAAUUUUUCCUUGUUUGGGCUCAACUUCAUACAUUACUGCAUGUUAUAACAUCCACUCAGCCAAAUGAUACCUUAAGUCAGCUGAUUCUCAAAUUUGUCCAUUAUACUUUUAUUGCUGGCCUUGUUAAUCCAUACUUUUGGUGUAGAGGCUUAAUCAGUUUCACAUUUGGGCAGCUUUCAGUGAUCCACUUGUUCCUUAUUUCACUUGGCAUAGGUAAGUAGGAGGAGAUAGCAGAUGGUUAUACCUCAUCAGAGAGCCAUAACUUGGUUUACUACAUAAAGCUACUCUACCAAAAAGUGUUGUUCCAAGGACUCCCAUUCUGUCUACCUUGUCUUAGUCUUAGUAUAAACAACUUUAUUACCAAGCUACUCAUCUCACCACAUUCCUGUCUCUAAUCCAAGUGGAAUCAACUUGCAAGGAGUGGGAUGUGGCAAACAGCCAAAUGGUAAUACUUCAUGCACUGGGAGGUCACAUCUAUGUGACAUCAAACAAUUGGAUGUAACUUAAAAACCUAGUUGAAUCAAGUAAGCAUUAAUUAGACGAAAGGCCACAAUGGAUUGACCAUUUUAUUUUCCAGUUAAAGCUGGUUGACCUAAUCAAGCACAUUUCCCAUCUGGUUGGUUGCUUCUGGCCCAUUAAAAUAGUGGAAACUCUGUAAUAGAAUUCUCUCUUACCCCUUCUCUGGUCUGUGCCAUCUUUUCAGGUCAAGAUAAUUGAUAAGUAGACCACAGACACAGACAUAAGUUACCUUAAAUAAUACAUCAUAUAUCUGUUGUUUGUGUAUUGCUUGGGUUUCUCUGGAGUGGUUUGUAAAAAACCCUGCUAUGUCACCUCUUUUCCAGUUCAGAUUUACUUCAAGCAAGCAGUAGUGGACCUUUUUCAAAGAGGCACUGAGAAUAGAGGUGACCAUUAAUUUAUAUUCUCAUUUUGCCUCACUGCAAAUUACAGUGGCUCCAGAUGCCAUUAAGAAUUUUUCAAAGGUGAUUGAAUUCCAAGCAAAUAAAUAUGCACAUAGAAUCAUAGAGCUGGAAGGGCUUGGAGAUCAUCAACCCUGUUGAAAGGUGAAGAAGGGUAUUGGGGUCCAGAGAAGAGAAGUCAUCUUCUUAUGAUCACCAUCUAGUUAGUAGAAGAACUGCUCUUACCAAAGUAAAAAAGAGAUCUGAGUUAUCAAGGACAACCCCUGACACUUAGGAACACGUCUUCUUAGAGAUCCUGGGAUAAGACCUCUAACCAUGCAUGUGGGCACAAGCUUGGCAGGCAUAUUUUGGUUUACAGUGUUUUGAGCUAGGUGACUCUGUGACAUCACAGUCCAGAGAGAGAGAGAAAAGAUUGCAGAUUCCUUGGUCACUAGAUCACCUCUACCAAACAGGAUCUUAUCCAUAGCUAUAAAUAUUCCCAAGUUGAUUUAGCCCAAAUGUAUGGAAAACAAACCUCCAAUUAUUCCCAGGCUUAUGGAUUCACUUAUAGUUUAUAACACAUGGUCUUAGUUCCAUUUAUCAAUUUAGUCUCAGAAAUACCUGAGAAGAGGCCUAACUUCAGAGGAUAUCUUAAGAAUAUUCUCACUGUUGCCCAUCAUCCAAAUAAGAGCUCCAGUAUAUAGUGAGAGAAGUCAGAGGAGAACUAAGCUCACAAACUUCAAAGCAAGAUUAGAAUUUAGAACUAAUUCAGAUUACUAUUAUUGGCACCACCUUUAUCCUCCAGAGCCAUGAAAUAUGAGUUGUGGGGACAGCUGUAUACCCAGUGAGUAUAGGAUAGCUAAAGAGGGACUUUGCUCAUGUGUUCACUGACUUCAGCUGUUUCAGGGGUGACUGAGCCCAUCAUGUGGAAUAGUCCAAGGUAAACUUCCCAUGACCAGGCCUUCCAGGAAUGAGAAAUCAAAGGAAAAGCAGUUGCUCCAAGCAAUUGCUGGGAGCCGUUUAGGGGGCUAGCUGAUGGAGUUAAGUUCUUUAUAAAUGGUGGUAUAUUAACUUCAUUGGGACAUUUUUAGUGUGGUUAAGCAAGACAUACUUGUUCUUUUGGGUAUUCCUUGGUCCAGGAGCAAUCUAGAGUCAAUUUCUUGAGAUGAUUGUGAGUCUGUAGAACCUGCCCCAUUGGUCAGAUUUGGGUUGGCUUAGGUACUGACCUCACAGGAUAAACAUUAAUAUGGAAUAUCCUCAUUUAUGCCUAUAAUUUGAACAUACAAUAUUAUUUGAAUGGUUUAUAGUGAUAGUAUUCCAAAAGAGUGUUAUAAGAUGGUUUUGUUACUUCUGGGAAGUAAUUUUUUCCCCUGUUUGUAUCUCUGUAUUGUAGUGCACUUUUCUGUGAUUAAAGUUCAGGACUUAUAAUUUUCCUGUUCUAAAAGUUUUAAUGUUUCUAUACUUUUAUAAAUUCCUUAGUUAGGUUCCAAUCUAACUUUCUCUAUCCUUCUUACAGUUUAUGCUCUAGCCCAAGCCUAUUAUUUGUUCUUUCCCCUGACCUUUCCUGAUGCCAUGCCUUUUUUGUACUUUUCCCUCUACCUGAAAUUGCUCCCCUGCUUCCCACCACCAGAGGCCCAAAUUCAACCCAUCCUUGAAAGUCUAGUCAAAUACUGCUUCUUCCAUAAAGAUUUCCUUGUUCUCUCUAGUGAUAUGUCCAUAUUUCUGAAUUUCUAUAAUAAUUUUACCUAUACUUCUUUAAUGUUUAUAUAAUAUUAACUUGUUUUAUAGCCGUUUGUGUACUUGUCUCUGUUAUACUUUGGUCUAGAGAAAAUAAUACAUGUUACAAGCCUCUUGAGAGCAGGAAUCAUGUUUGAGUCAUCUUUGUACUCUGAACAAUGCUUGACACAUAUAGAAGGCACUCAAUAAAUAUUUGUUGAAUAAAUAAAUGAAUGUU